AAGGGGGGCGUGGGGGCCCGGCGGCGGCGCGGGAGCUCCGCGAAAAAGCCCCGGAAAGCACAAGCUGGCGCCCGACCAGGCUGUUGUUGUUCUCAAUGUAGUCCGCCCCGUACCAAUAUAAAAGGCGGCGGCGGCGCCCGCCCUGGCACAACGUAUACCGAGUGCAGCAGAUACAGCGCGUUCGCGGGGCCCCGCCACGCCGCCGCUCGCCCUGCGACUCCCCGCACCAUGUCGAUAGAGCUCGAAGAAACCGAUCUGCCUCUGACCGAGGCAGAGGAGGCGCCGCUCUCCCCGGAGAAGAAAGCGGCUGCUAAGAAGGCGAAAGCAGGAGGCGGUGCCUCGUCGCCAUCGAAGAAAAGGAAGAACAACAAGAAGAAGAAUCAGCCGGGCAAAUACAGCCAGCUAGUGGUGGAGACGAUCCGCAGGCUGGGCGAGCGCAAUGGCUCCUCGCUGGCCAAGAUCUAUAACGAGGCCAAGAAAAUGGCCUGGUUCGACCAGCAGAACGGCAGGACUUACCUGAAGUACUCAAUCAAGGCACUGGUACAGAAUGACACGCUGCUCCAGGUCAAGGGCACCGGCGCCAACGGCUCCUUCAAGCUCAACAGGAAGAAGCUGGAAGGCGGCAGUGAGGGGGGCGCGGGCAACAGCGCCCACAAGUCCCUCAAGAAGGCGACGGUUUCCUCGACCCGGCGGACCGAGAAGACGCCGGCCAAGACCAAGAAGCCCGAAAAGAAAUCGCACAAGAAGGGAACCGGCGGCGCGGCGGGGAAGGACAAGGGCAAAGCCAAGAAUGCCACCAAGAAGGGAGCUGCGUCCUCCGGGGGCAAGAAGGUGAAGAAGUCGGCAAAGCCCAAGGCACUCAAAAGCCGGAAAGCAUGAGAUCGAGGCGCAAGGAGCCUCCCGCCGCCCCCCGAACUGAGAGCCCUGCGGCACAGACUGCUCUGAGGACAGACCCCAGGGGAUCCGCUUUGUCUUUGUGUUGCUGACUCGCCUCCGCAGCCACCGCCGUGCGCGGUGAGCGGGGCUGCGGGUGCCCCAGCCCCCCUCCCC